AUGGACGACACCGCACCAAAGGCUGUAGCAGAGUUUGUGGAUGAUGGAAGGAAAUCUACGCCAGAACUUCAAAUACCAUCCACGGGCACAGGGCAGAGUAUUGAGACUGAGAGUGUCACAUUGGCGACAAGACGAGAUGCCUCUACCGACCAAGCCGACACCGCCGUGACAGCAACAGACACCGAGGUUGAAGAUGUGGCCAUCUACAUGGACGAGAACGCACAAACGGUCAGCACAGAGACCAACAUCAUCCCCACAAUCUCACAACCAACCCCCUCUUCCUCACCAACCUCAUCAUCGGCAUCCUCGUCUUCAUCUUCCUCCCCGGCAGUCAUCACAACCCACAAACCAAAGACCAAACGCACCAACCGCUCCUCCUAUCUUUCCUUCAACAAAGCAAACCAAAAACUCAUCAAGCCCAUCAAACACACCAAGCUCACAAACCCGCCUCCAACAAUCAACGACAACGACACACCAACAAUCCUCCCCGACACCACCACCACCACCACCACCACCUUCAACACCCACCCCGGCUUCUCCCCCCAGCGUCUCCCCGGCAUAACCUACAGCCCCUACGACCUAACAGGCUGCCGCUCCGCCCACAACAUCACCUCCGACUUCGCCAUCAUCGCCCGCACGCGUCUCUACUCCUCCGUCCGCAUCUACGGCGUCGACUGCUCCCAAGUGCUGCACACCCUCCGCGCCGCCUUCCUCGUCUCCAAUCCCCCUUUGAAACUCUUCCUCGGCAUUUAUUCUCCUCUAUCCGACCUCUCCUCGCAACUCACCACCUUGAUCAAAGACGUGCAAACUUUCGCCAUCACUGAAAAUUUACCGGUAGCCGACGUCUGGACCAACAUGAUCGACACCAUCUCCGUCGGCAACGAGCUCGUCAACAACGGGCAAGCCACGCCCGCGCAAGUCUUGGACGCGGUGCGGACUGUGAGACAGGUCCUAAGAAGGGAAGGAUACACUGGUCCGGUGGUGACGGUCGAUACGUUCGUUGCCGUGCUGAACCAUCCUGAGCUGUGUAGUAGUGAUGAAGUGGAUUACUGCGCGGUGAAUGUCCAUCCGUUUUUUGAUGCGCAUGUGGAGGCGCAGCAGGCGGGCGAGUUUGUCAGGAGGCAGGUGAUGAAUUUGCGGGAGGUUAUUACUACUACUACUACUACUACUACUACUACUACCACUCCAAUAAUUGACAUGAAGGGAAGAAAACAAAAGGUACAAAAAAGAGUGGUGGUCACCGAAACGGGAUGGCCCAAGCAGGGAAAUGCAAAUGACCGGGCUGUUCCCGGACGGUCGGAGCAAAAGACGGCGGUGGAGGGCGUGAUGAAGGCUUGGAGAGAGGGAAGCCAGAGGGGGUUUGAAGACCAAGGAGAUUUUGAGCUGUACUUGUUCACGGCGUUUGAUGAUGAGUGGAAGAAGGCGGACCAGAACACGUUUUAUGCGGAGCAGUUUUGGGGGAUACAUGAUCGUUGAUUUCUUGUUUGUCUGUUUAUAU